AUGCUGCAGCAACUGUUUCUUCUUGCCACUCUGGCAGGAAGCGCCCUUGCCGGUGACUUUACCGUCAAGAUCCAGCCCAGGCAAGCAGGCUCCUAUCCGCCCGGCUUUGCAGUGCCAACAGCGUCUCAGACACCAGCAGCCUGGCUCAGUGCUCUCGAUGCUGCUGUUGCCGCCGGAAAAAUCCCCAACAUCGCCCCCGCAAUGAACCAAGAUGGUAACCCCGUCUACGCCAACAACGUCGGCUUCGACCCCAACACUUGCUCGUGGACCGUCACCAAGUGCGUUUCGAAAAACGACAUCGUCAAUGGGCCGCCCAAUGCUCUCGCCAUUGGCUUUGAUGAUGGUCCUACGGACAACAGCGGCGACCUCUACGACUUCUUGACCGCGCACAACCAGUCUGCGACCCACUUCAUGAUUGGUUCCAACGUGCUUUCGUACCCGCAACAGUUCGCUCAGGCAGUCCGACAAGGCAACCAGCACUUUGCAGUCCACACGUGGUCGCAUCAGCUGUGCUCCACGCUCACCAACCAGCAGCUCGUCGCUGAGCUCGGCUGGACCAUGCAGAUCAUUGCCGACAAGAGCGGCGGCUACAUUCCCAAAUUCUGGCGCCCACCUCAGGGGGACAUUGACAACCGUGUCCGCGCCAUCGCUGAAGAGAUCUUUGGCCUCACCAACGUGCUUUGGAACCACGACACCAAUGAUUGGUGUCUCGACGACCAGGGAGGCAGCUCGUGCCCCAAUGAGGUUCCUGGCAAAGACCGUGCUUCCGUCGCCGCCGCCGCCCAAGCGGGCAUUCACGGUCCCAAGAACAACGGUCUCAUCAUGCUCGAGCACGAGCUGACCCACGCGUCGAUCGGUGUGUUCAAGUCGUACUACCCGAGCUUGGACGGAUUGGGCUGGAACAAAAGCAACUUGGCCGACAUGUUCAGCAUGCCGUGGUACAAGAACGCAUGGGACGACUCGCAGCCUCCUCAGAACGGCACCGUCUUGCAAACCUUUCAACUGGGUGCUGACCCCUCUAGUACCAGCAGCGACACCACCUCGUCCACCUCUGCUUCGAGCUCGACGAGCGCUUCCAGCGCAGCUUCGUCGACAAGCACAACAAGUGGGUCUGGGACACAACCCACCGGUUCCGCCAACAACUCGCACACGAGCGGGGCCAAACAGGGCGUCACCACCAACGGAGCCUCUGUCUUUGCUCCUGCUUCGUCGAGUGUUGCUGGCCUUGCCAUUGUUGCUAUCAUCGCCGCGAGCUUGCUCUGA